GAAGAGGUUCCGUAACUAAAAAGGGGGAAGUUAAUAGUGGAUGCACCCCGUUGUGGCCGCAACGCAUGCGCAAAUCUAUCAAAACACCGAACGAAGGGUGACCGCUUGAGGAAAUUCAUGUAAAACAAUGCAUUAUCGAGCGUGCAGUGGCUACAGUUUAACCUCAGUGUGACAUCUCAGUGAGUGAUCAGAGGAUGGACAGUGUUACCGUUUCAGCCUCAGAUGGGAUAGCAGAGUGUCCUCUGGCUUCUGAGGACAUGGAGGGGAUUUGUGUAAUGCCGGAUUUGAGUGCCAUCAAGACUGAGCAGUCAGUGGGUGCAAGUCCAGAUGACACAGGCACCCAAAAUGUGGCCAUGGGCAUCAAGUUCAUCCUGCCCAACCGCUUUGACAUGAAUGUUUGCUCAAGAUUUGUCAAAUCGCUCAACGAGGAGGACAGCAAGAACAUCCAGGACCAGGUCAACUCUGAUCUGGAGGUGGCUUCUGUUUUAUUCAAAGCUGAGUGCAAUAUCCAGACCUCACCUUCCCCAGGUAUACAAGUGCGUCAUGUUUACACGCCAUCCACCACCAAACAUUUCUCCCCCAUCAAACAGUCCACCACACUCACCAAUAAACACCGUGGCAAUGAGGUUUCUUCCACGCCUCUUUUGGUGCAUUCUUUGUCCAUUCAUCAGCUUGCAGCCCAAGGGGAAAUGGUGUUUCUGGCCAGCAGGAUUGAACAAGAAACUGUGAUCAAUCUCCAAGAUGAGGAAGGCUUUACCCCCCUGAUGUGGGCAGCUGCACAUGGACAAAUUGCUGUUGUCGAGUUUCUGCUCCAAAAUGCUGCUGACCCCAACCUCCUGGCCAAAGGGAGGGAAAGUGCAUUAUCCUUGGCCUGCAGUAAGGGAUACACUGAUAUUGUGAAGAUGCUCAUUGACUGUGGUGUUGAUGUCAAUGAAUAUGACUGGAAUGGAGGAGCCCCUCUGCUGUAUGCUGUCCACGGGAACCACGUGCGCUGUGUCGAAAUCUUGUUAGAGAGUGGUGCUGAUCCUACCAUUGAGUCAGAUUCUGGAUUCAAUGCAAUGGACAUGGCUGUGGCUAUGGGCCACCGGAAUGUUCAACAGGUGAUGGAGGCACACUUACUGAAGUUACUGAUGGGAAUCAGAGAAUGAACUGUGACACUUGAUGAGAACAAAUACCGAAGGGACAACGCUGGGCUCCGGACAAUCAUGUAACACACCCAGGCUGUCGGCCAACAGGAAUAUUUUGUUCCAUUAAGUGACAUUUCAACAGCGUUGUAUCAUAUCAACAUUAUUUUGUUGGCAUGAUGCACAUGAAGGUUUGUGCUGUAUAACUUUUCAAUUUUAACCUACUUUCAAGCUGUUUUACUCUGCACUUUUUCACACCGAAUGUGGAGUAGCAAAUCUGAUCCAGUUACACUGACAGAUUUUCAAAGAACAAAAAUGUAAAGUUGAGUUCUUCACUACAACCCAGCAUGCACUGCACUCCACCUGUAAUGUGCUGCCAAAUGUGCAGUGCAGGAUUGAUUUUGCUUUAACUAAGCAUGGAGGUUUUGUUUGGAGUCUUUUAAAAUCGCAUAUUGUGUUACAAGCCAUCAUUGGCUGUUCCAUCCUUUUCCUGUCAUGGCAAGUGUUUUUUAAACUAACUUAUUAACCAUAAUAACCCAUUUUACGUGUAAAAGGAUAUGUGAUGCGUUGAAUUGCCUCAUGUUCAUACUGUCUGGUCUUCAUAGUGAGCACAUUUCUGCGGCUCAUAUCGCUGUUUUGAAGACUACAGUGGGUUGUACAUUCGUACAGACUGGAAUGCAGGUGUGCUUUCAUGACCUGAAGAUCUUUGUGUUGGUUGUACUGAGCUUAUUUAUUUGAAUAAUUUAGACGUUGUGUUGUAAUGUGAUAAAAUUCUCAUUGAUGUAAGUCUGUUUUUUUUUCUUCUCUGUAUUGUGAUACUAAUGUCCACUGAUGUGUUGUGAAUUUAAAAGACCUCACACCUCAUUUAAAUGUCUCACAAGGUUAUUGUGGUGCUGUGCCACUGUAUGAGGGUAUUGCUUGUAUUUUAUACCAGUCAUACUGUAGUGGUGUAUCAAGAAAUAACUUAUUGACCUCAAUAUCAGACAUCAUUCUGUACAGAUAUAUAUGAUUUCUUAAGUUAAAAAGGUCAAACCACUGUUUAUAGUCACUGAAAUGAAGCUGUUAUUUAAUUAAAAGAUCUUUUUAAACUGCA